GGACAAUGCGUACGGACGUGGAUAUUUUGCCAUAGUAUUGGAAGCCGCCGCCUUACAUUACCUAUUCCAGUGUGUCCGUGAGGUUUCUUCGUCGUCGUCGUUGCGUCUUCUUCGAGUGAGAGAGAGGGAGACCCUAGCGAGCGAGCGAGCGAGCGAGCGGUGGCGCUAGAUUGAUAGCUCUCUUCUCCAGGGUUUGUGUUCUUGCGUGCGGACUUUCUAGGGCUUUUAGGGUUCUAGCUCCCAGCUUCUUCUUCUUCCAGGCAAUGGCUCCUGUCCAAGAUAGGCCGCGGACGCGCGCGCUCGCCAUCGCCAGCUCCAGGCCGGCACAGAAGAGCUGAAGAGGGGUGAAAAGGCUCCGAUAAUCUGCAUCGCGGCGGCCCGCCAUGGCGAACCAAAAUUCUUUUGCCCUGCUCAUCGACAACGAGAGCGAUGCUCCGACGCUCAUCGCCCACGCGGCCGCGGCCGCUACCGAGGAGAAAUCCAAGGCGCCGCCGCCUCCUCCCCCGCCCGCGAAGAUGCCGACCAAGCCCCCGCCUCCAGCCGAAGCCGUGAGGGAUGCCCAACGGAGCCAGGGAAGGGGCGGCGGACGUGGCAUGGGACGUGGCACCGGACGUGGCGGCGGACGUGGCUAUGACGCUGAAAGCUCACCACGCGAUUCUUAUCGUGGUCGAGGCGCUGGCCGAGGUGGCGGUGCCGACGGCGCGGAGAACGGCCAGCUGGAGGACGGAGCCGGCGGGUACCGGGGACGUGGACGCGGGCGGGGCAGGGGACGUGGUCGCGGGCGUGAAGGCGAGGAGAACGAGGUGCCCAAUGGUGGUGCUUUUGAGGAGGAUCCCAAUGAGUCCCGUCCACGUCGCGUUGAGCGAGCUGACCGUGGGGAUUACCGCGGCGGACGUGGUGGUGGCGAGCGUGGCGAGCGUGGUGAGCGCGGGGCCGAGCGUGGUGCCGAGCGUGGUGCCGAGCGCGGUGCCGAGCGCGGUGCCGAGCGCGGAGACCGCGUGGAGCGCGAGCGUGACUACCCUCGUCGUCAGUACGACAGGAAAAACACCACUGGCCGCAGCACUGGAAUCAAACGCGAUGGCGCUGGUCGCGGAAACUGGGGAACUCCAAUCGACCCCGUCUCUGUCGAGGAAGGCAACGCGAUCGAGGGUGUGAAACUAGAUGGUGCGAAGCUCGAAGCCCCAGAAGCCGAGGCACCUAAGUCGGAGGCAGCACAAGAAACUCCAGAGGUCACUGAGGAACAGAAAGAGGAGGAGAAAGAAGAAAAGGAAAUGACCCUGGACGAGUAUGAGAAAGUGAUGGAGGAGAAGCGCAAGGCCCUCACUGCCAUGAAGAGCGAGGAGAGGAAAGUGGUGGCUGACAGUGAGUUCCAGAAGAUGCAGCUGGUUGACAAGAAGGCCGACGAGGAUAUCUUCAUCAAACUGGGAGCGGACAAGGCCAAGAAGAAAGAAGGGGAGAAGGAUGAUAAGACCAAGAAGUCGGUGCCGAUCGAGUUCCGGAAAUCCGAGGCGGAGAAUCAGUAUGGCGGACGUGGUGGCAAUCGCGGCCGCGGCCGCGGGAGAGGCCUCAACAACAACACGCGGCUUAGCUCGAGCUCGGCUCCCGAGAUUGCCGAUUUCCAGCAGUUCCCGUCUCUGGGAGGGAAAUGAGAUCUCAGCACUCGAUUUCUUCGUAACUCUCUCGUUUCCUCUCGUGCUCUUCUUUUUUGCUUGUGUGUGUGAUCUGUUGGCUGGCACUUCUCUCGCUCUCACCCUUUUUUCUUAACACUUGAGAAACUUGGAAAACAUCUAUGCAUCUUUGUGAUGCAUGUCAUGAAAUGAAGCUUUUGUUUGACAUAA